GUAUGAGGUGAGGUGAGGGUGGGAUCUGUUCCGCUCGCGCUGCAGCUUUCACUCACGCCUCUGGGACUAGUUGCGUGCUUCUGGGACUAGUUGUGUGCUUCUGGGACUAGUUGUGUGCUUCUGGGACUAGUUGAAUGUGUAAGCGCAGCUCAUGAGGAUUCUUCUGGAGUUCUCCAUCAGGUCCGGCAGCGAAGAUGAGCGCAGAAGACGCAGACGUUCCUCAGGAUCUGCUGGAGAGUGUUCAGGAUGCUGUCGGGCAGCAGGUGAAGCUGUGUGUCCUUAAGAAAGUGAACCUGGAGGUCAAAGGUGACAAACUGGAGAACAGAAUCCUGGCUCUCGCUCCUCAUCGAGUGUUUCUUCUGAGCGCACGAGUCCCUGCUAAAGUGGAUCAGUCCUUCAGUGUCUUUGACAUUCAGAGCAUCAUCAGCGUCAAACAGAAACAGUUGCUGGUGGACUAUGACAGAGGGCAGCUCUCUCUGAGACUCACGUCUGAUCAGGACGCUGAUGAUUUUAUUGCACAUAUAGGAACAAACGUUCAGGAGAUUUGUCCAGGACUUGACCCACUGAGGGUGAUAAAGAAGCUCUUGUUAAAGCCAGUGGAGAGAAUCACCAGUUUACAGACACUCUGGGAAAAUCACACUCCAGCAGAAGCAGGACCAUGUGGUGGUUUCUCGCGGCUCUACUGGUGUGUGUGCGAUCAGAUGAACGUUCCCUUCAGAGACGAGGUGCAGUGGGACGUGGACACCAUCUACCUGUCCCAGGACACACGGGAGCUCUGUCUGCAGGACUUCAUACACCUGGACAACAGGGAUCUGAUGGCCAUCACUGCUGCUCUGGAGUUCAACCAGUGGUUCAUCAAACUCUCCAUCAAGGACUUUAAACUGAGUGCAGAUCUGUGCGAUCAGAUACUGAGAGUUGUGUCUCGAUCCACCAAGCUGGAGGAACUGACGCUGGACAACACUGCACUCAAGAGUGAUUUUGCUCAGAAGUUUGCUGCUGCAAUAAAUCAGAAUCCAAACUCAGUGUUACACACUAUCAGUCUGGCCAACAACUGCCUUGAAGACAAAGGUGCUGUGGUUCUGAGCUCUGCUCUGUCUAAACUCACACCUGGACUGAAACAGCUGGAUCUGUCCAAGAACUCAAUGUCAGCUAAAGGUGUGAAUGUUCUGGCUCAGUGUUUUGGUUCCACAUCACUUACACACCUGAACCUGUCUGGAAACACCCUCAGAGACGACAUACCUCACCUGUGGGGUUUCCUGUCUCAGUCCAACCGUCUGCACACACUCGACCUGUCCAACAGCGACUGUUCCCUCGACCUGGUGUGUUCAUCACUGUUGCGUGGUUCCCUCAAACACCUGACCGUUCUCAACCUGGCCAGAAGUGUCUUCAAUUACAAGAAAGGGAAGGAGUUUCCGUCCUCCUUCAAGCAGUUCUUCAGCAGUGCUUUGUCUCUCCAGAACAUCUGUCUGUCUGGAACCAAACUACCUUCUGAAGGACUCAAAGCACUGCUCCUGGGUCUGGCCUGUAACACUAACCUGCGAGAUAUUUCUCUGGACAUCAGCGGCUGUGAGUUGCGCUCAGCAGGCUCUCAGAUUCUGGAAGGCUGUAUCGCUGAGAUCCCGAACAUCACCAGCCUGGACAUAUCAGACAACGGACUGGACUCAGAUCUGUCCACGCUGCUCGUGUGGCUCAGGAAGAAUCGCUCCAUCAAACACUUGUCCAUCGGCAGGAACUUCAGCAAUAUCAAAACCAAAAAUCUCGGGCAGGUUCUGGUCUCUCUGGUCCACAUGAUUCAGGAAGAAGAUUCUCCGCUGGCGUCUCUGUCUCUGGCAGACUCAAGGCUGAAGGCGGAUCUGUCAAUGGUGCUGAAUGCGCUGGGAGGAAACAGCAGUCUGACCCAUCUGGACAUCAGCGGGAACAGCAUGGGCGACUUUGGGGCGAAGAUGCUGGCCAAAGCCCUGCAGGUCAACACCAAACUCAGGACUGUGAUCUGGGACCGAAACUGUGUCAGUGCUCAGGGCCUGCAGGAUGUGGCUGCUGCUCUGGAGAAGAAUUACACCAUCAGAUUUAUGCCGGUUCCCAUCACAGACGCGGCGCAAGCUCUGAAGAACAACUCUGAGAAAACUGAAGAUGCCCUGAUGAAGAUGGAACAGUAUCUGCUGCGUAACCAUGAGAGCAGGCGAUACCUGCAGGAGCAGGCGUUCAGACUGCAGCAGGGCCUCGUCACCAGCACAACACAACAGGUGAUGGGGCAGGUGUGUGUGCAGGUCCAGGAUCAGCUGAACUCUCUGCGCUUCAGCACGAGUGACAGAGUUCAGCAGGACAUGAAGACGGCCGAGAACCUGAUGAGAGAUGCCAAGACCUCCACAACACUUCUGCGCAGUCUGUAUCACCUGCGCUCAAGCGGGCGAGUGGCGGGCGGCAGUGACGGGUCAGCAGGUGUGUGUGUGCAGCAGGUGCAGGAGAAACUGUGUUCAGUGGCAGGAGAGAUCAGCGCGCUCAUAGACCAGCAGCUGCAGGGUUUGCUGGUGUCCAUGUUGGAUACGGCUCAGAGCGUGUGUCCUCACAUCAUGCAGCAGGCGCGUUUGCGUGAAGAUCUUCUGCAUGCCAGCGAGGGGAGGACGAGUGUGUCGAAAGCCUUCAUCACCUCCACUCUGCUGGAGCAGUCGGCCAUCGACAUCAUCAAUAAGAUCAGUGAGGUGAAGCUCAGUAUGGCAUCAUGUCUCUCUGAUUACAUCACUGAUGAGAUCCUACAGUCUCUCUCUCGCUCUCAACAAACACUGGCGGGUCAUCUCAGCAGGAGAGGACAGCAGCCGCUGCUGCAUCACGACUCACAGGAGAUAGAAGUUACAGACGAGGCAGAAAUAAAGAUGGACAACAUGACACAACAACCAGAACAACAACCACAGCGGACACAGAAAGCCAAGAGGAAGAGUAUUCACAGUCGGAUGUUCAGACCCAUGUCUGCCGCAUUCGAGCUGGGCUUUGAUCUGUGUAAGGCGUUAGAGGACGUCUGUGUGGACGAUCUGCUGCCGCCGCCCCUCUCCCCGACCCCGCCCCCGCCCCCGCCCCCAGUGGAGGCGGAGCUACAGCAGCCUCGGCCAAGGCGCUUCAGCGACCUGCCCACAGAAGACACGCCCACUCUACAGCACGUCACUAAAUUCAGGCCGCGGCGGACGAAGAAAUCCAAACCCAGCAGAGCCGCUAAUCAGCCAAUCAGCAGAGCCGCUGCACAGGAAGUGGAUGGGAGGAGCUCUGUGGAUCAGCUGGACGAGGGUGUGCCGGAGUUCUUCUCCAGGAAGAUCACUAACGUCAGCGUGAGGCCCAGAGAGUCUCGUCUGAGCGGCUUCUUCUGCAGCAUCAAGCACCGCCCUUCUGCUAAAGCCACGCCCACCAGCCCCACGGCAACAGCGGAGUCAGAAGCCCCUCCCCCCGCGCCGGCCGUGACCCCUGACCCCGUAGCGGCACCUGAGGUCAAAGUUCACGUGCAGGAGGGUGUCAAGCACAGCAGUCCGCUGACGGGGCGUCACAUGGGUGUACAGAUGCUGGGAAACGACAUGCUGGCCGAGAUACGAGCCAAACAAGAGAAACGCAAGAAGGCAGGUGUUUCUCCAGCCGCAGCAGCCAAAGCUGAAGCUCCUGAUGAAGGACGAGAUCAUGGACACACAACACAAGCACAGAAAGACAAUCGAGAUGAACCUGCAGUCAACAAACUCAAACACACACCUCAACACACUCCAGAACACACACCUGAACACACACCCACAUCAGACUCCUGCCGCCUGUCCAUCCAUCCCAGCUCCUCUGACUCCAUGACUCCUCCUCCUCCUCUGGCUCGUGUCCCAGAAUCCCCUGCUCUGCCGGCCAUCACAGAGGGGGCGGAGCCGGGUCCUGUCACUCACAGCACAGAGGGCGGAGCCUCGCCUCCCCCUCUGGAGUCUCCUGCUGAUGUCAGUGUGUUAGACACACACACGUCACACACACUGACGGUCAGUCGCUCCAUCUCCUGUGUCCACUCCAGCACCGAGCCCGAGGACGACGCCACCGACCGCCAGCGCUCAAAGUCCCUCCCCUACUCCGCUCCGGCCAAUCACAUCUCCUGAACACUUCUUUUUUUAGCAUAAAUAAUUUCUAAUUAAACCUGUAUGUUAAGUAUGCAGCUUGUGAGCUAGAUCAGUGCUUCUCAACCAGGGGGCCUCAAAAACUCCAAAUUAUUUAUAAAAUUAAAAUUAUACAUGAAAAAUUAUAUGUUAAAAACAAUAUGUACAUUUCUCCUCCCCAUAGUGUUAUUUUAGCAUCAUUGAGAUUAUAGUUUUAAAAUAUUUCAUUUUUAUUUUUAUAUUUUUUGUUUUCAUAUUAAUUUUAAAAUUUUUGUGAUUUUUUUGUUUGUCAUUUUUAUUAGUUUUUGUUUGUUAAAAAUGUGUAUAUAUUAGUGCUGUCAAACGAUUAAUUGCGAUUAAUCGCAUCCAAAAUAAAAGUUUUUGUUUACAUA